AUGUUAGCGCAACCCACAAGACGUCAGCAUAUUGUACCACAGCAUUACACGCCGACCAUCCCAUCACCACCUUCCUCACAACACCUCACUUACCAGCAACUACCACAUCACCAGUUCGCCACACAACAACAGUUGUUCGACCAAAAGUUGCUUCACGACUAUCUUGAGUCCCAGCAGCAGUCUUACAGCAACCCCUCUACCAACGCGCCCAACUCUUUCAUGACGAGCGCAUACACCGAUUUUGCGAACCCGGCUAUCCGAGUCCAACAGUCGACACCUACGCCUCAGCCUUUGUCGAACGAAUACCAGUCAUCCAUGCUUUCGAGCAGCACCACUGGGACUGGUCUCGACGGCUGGAAUUCGUAUGGUAGUGUUCAGGGGCAGUCACUGCAGACACCCGUACACAACCAGAACAAGGGACAUCAGCGCGCAUCCUCUUCUUCAUCAAUAGGCUCCAGUACUUCGCAGUACCAGCCUGUCGCGCCUGCCAGCAGCUACCAGUCAUUCUCGAAUCAUCUGCCGACCCCCUCGCACACACCAACUCAAGAUUCUUUUAUGAGCCAGAAUACCUUCAGCAACUACGCACAGAAUAACGCCAACAUGGACCAGACCAUGGCUGCUCACAUGUCCAUGAAGCAGGCACUGAUGGAUCAAGGUGACGAUGUACCAGAGUUUGCACACUCAGCAAGGCAGUCUGUGUCCAGCUACGACUCACCUGCGACGCCACAUACGGCGUUGGACGAGUCUGAUGUAAAGAUGCCCGCAAAUAGUGAGAUUUCCCAUAAAGUCGACUCUUGGCUUUUCAAUCAGUUCUGUGCUUACGAUGUACUAGCCGAGACACGACAGCAGCCGAUCGUGCCAAAGUUCGAAAGGACAUACACAGACAUCGCAGCUGACAACUUUUACGACCCAAAUGCUGUUACCGCACAACCAGUGCAGCAGUCAAAGUCAGUACAAUCGUCACUGUUGUCGCCCUACCGCAGCAACACCACCGAGAAUGUCCAGCGUGCGCUACAGGCAGCGCAGUAUGCGCGUUCGCACUCGCCAUGUAGCACAACAUCACGUGGAAAUUCUCCGUUCCGCAAGGGCUCGCCCUAUUGCCAGCCUAGCCACAACUUCAAUUCGCCAAUGCUCGGCACCGCUGCUGCGACACGCGAACAGAACCGCCAAGCCGAUGCAGCCUAUGCCAUGAAGUCUCAGAUGCGGUCCGAGGAGUCAAUGGUGAAGACCAUCUCGCCAAAAGACGCCCUCCUGGAUUACCGAGAGGACGAAGACUCAAAGAUUCCAUUGUUUCCAGAUGGUGGCGCAAACGAGUACGACAGCCAAUACAACGGUAGCAACCAAUACAGGAACGCCACCCAAUCCAGCUUUGACGCAGCAUCAGCACAGUCCUAUCGACGUGACAGUUGGGCAACACCACAGUUUUCACCCAAUUUCUCGACAUCGACUGCGCCUUCUUUGCCAACAACAUCAAGCUUCAACUUUGUCACUCCUGCGAUACAAAGUAACAUGCCUAGCAUGCCUAUGGCUGCGACAUCACAAUACCGCUCGACUCCCAUGACAUCGGCAGUGGAGCAAACGCCUGAGUUCCCUACUCAUCCUCAUUUGACUUCGAUGGAGUCCAGCGCAAGCGAGGCCGACCCGCCAAACGGCAGCCAAUCGAGCGUUGAGCAGUUUCUGCGUAAGCCUACAUCUUCCACCGCGGACUCUGGGACAUAUUCCUGUACAUACCAUGGUUGCUCACAACGAUUCGAGACUCCACAAAAGCUUCAGAAGCAUAAGCGUGAGGGUCAUCGAAACUCAAAUCUCGGACCCAGUAUGACAUCAGCGGCUAUCCUAGACCGCAACACUCAAGCAGGGCCGCACAAGUGUGAGCGCAUCAACCCAACAACCGGCAAGCCUUGCAACACAAUCUUCUCCCGCCCGUACGAUCUCACACGGCACGAAGACACUAUUCACAACGCCCGCAAGCAAAAGGUUCGUUGCGCACUAUGUGUUGAGGAGAAGACAUUCUCUCGCAACGAUGCUCUGACGCGCCACAUGCGUGUCGUACAUCCUGAGGUGGACUUCCCAGGAAAGCACAGAAGGCGCGGAGGUUCCGAUUAA